AUGGCUUCCAAGGCCAUGUGGGAGGUUGACCCCGAGACGCGCGCCAAGCUGGCCGCGAUCCAAAAGGAGGCCAAAAACAACGUCUGCUGCGACUGCAACGCCCCAUCACCGCAGUGGGCUUCUCCCAAGUUUGGCAUCUUCAUCUGCCUGUCAUGCGCCGGCGUCCACCGCGGCCUCGGUGUGCACAUCUCCUUCGUACGAAGCAUCUCGAUGGACGCCUUCAAGCAGGUCGAGAUUGAGCGGAUGCGCCUCGGCGGCAACGAAAACUGGCGAAACUUCUUCGACCAGCACGAAGACACAAAGAUGCGGGGCAUUUCGUGGGACGAUGCGACGAUCGCGGAGCGAUACAGCGGCGAGGUGGGCGAGGAGUGGAAGGAUAGGCUCUCGGCCAAGGUCGAGGGCAAGGAGUACGUUCCGGGCGAGAAGAAGCCUAUGCCGGCAGCGGCCCCGAAGCCUGUCAGCCGGACGGCCACGCCGCUGGGCAGCACAAACAGCCGCUCGGCCAGCCCUGGGCGCAAGGUCAAGGUGGACGACAAGUACUUCUCCAAGCUCGGAGCAGAGAACGCCUCCCGACCCGAUGACCUGCCGCCCAGCCAGGGAGGCAAGUACGCGGGCUUCGGAAGCAGCCCCAUGCCCGAGAAAAAGGACGGUGGUAUCCCGACGGUCGACGAUCUACAGAAGGACCCGGUGGCCGCUCUGACCAAAGGCUUCGGCUGGUUCACGAGCACGGUUUCCAAGACGGCCAAGACGGUCAACGACGGCUACAUCCAGCCCACAGCGAAACAGCUGGCCGAGUCGGACUUUGCGAAGCAAGCGCAGCGCGUCGCUCAGCAGAGCGCCCGUAACGCCCAGGAGGGCUUCAAUCGGUUUGUCGAGGGCGGGCCCAACAACGGCGGGGCCGGCCACGGCGGCGCGUCAAGACAGGCACCGCUGGACGAGAGCAAGAAGGACUUUUGGGACAGCUUUAGCAGCCUGGCGGACCAGAGACAGGGCAACAGCAGCAGCUCGAUCGGGACCGCUGCUAUGGGCAAGGGUGGCAAGACAGGCGGCGCUGCGGCGCCUGCGGCGAAGAAGGACAACGAGGGAUGGGAUGACUGGCGACGAAAGAAGCACCGAUUUGGUGUUUUAUGGAAAGCCGAAAUGCUCGUAGACGCCGUCGGCACCGCCCACAAGCACCGGGAAUACGUGCGCACCUCGAGCUUGCUCCCACCUUCCAAUUUCCAGUCCCCCAAUCCCCAAAGGAAUCACUCGCCCACACAUCAACACCGGACCGGGUCAUUGAAGCAGCAGCUCACCAUGUCCGCCCUCAGAAUCCUCGUGCCCGUAAAGCGGGUCAUUGACUAUGCCGUCAAGCCCCGCGUCAACAAGGCCCAGACGGGCGUCGAGACGGCCGGUGUCAAACACUCGAUGAACCCCUUCGACGAGCUCUCGGUUGAGGAGUCGGUCCGCAUCCGCGAGAAGAAGCGCGCGCCCGGCGGCGUCGAGGACAUCACCGUCAUCUCGGCGGGCCCCCCCAAGGCCGUCGAUGUGCUGCGGACAGCCAUGGCCAUGGGCGCCGACCGCGCGAUCCACGUCGAGACCAAGGAGGGCGAUGACCUCGAGCCGCUGAGCGUCGCGAAGCUGCUGCGCAAGGCCGCCGAGGAGCACAAGAGCAACCUCGUCAUCCUCGGCAAGCAGAGCAUCGACGACGACGCGAACCAGACGGGCCAGAUGCUGGCCGGCCUUCUCGGGUGGUCGCAGGCGACUUCGGCGAGCAUCGUCGAGUUUGGCGAGGGGGACAGCGUCAGCGUCACACGCGAGGUCGACGGCGGUGUCGAGACAGUCAAGGGCAAGCUGCCGAUGGUCAUCACGACGGAUCUUAGGCUCAACGAGCCGCGGUAUGCGAGCUUGCCGAAUAUCAUGAAGGCCAAGAAGAAGCCGCUCGAGAAGAAAAAGCUGGCCGACUACGGCAUCGGAGUCGAGAAGCGGUUGAAGGUGCUCAAGGUUACUGAGCCUCCUGUGCGCCAGGGCGGCGGCAAGGUCGAGGACGUCAACGGGCUCGUUGCGAAGCUCAAGGAGCUCGGUGCCUUGUAA